UCCAGUCAGCAGCCGGGGCGGCGCGGGACAAAGCAGGAAAUUCGUGUCUAUUAAGCGCCCAGAGUGAGAAGGACUUUGAAACAUGAAACUUAACUAUAAAGAUUAGAAAUGCGAUGAUUGUGCCUGGGGUGUCGGUGACGGUGUCGGUGACGGUGUCGGUGUUUGCAAUGAACUGAUUUCUCCUCCAAAUGAACUGACCGCAAAUAAAAAAUGAAAAGAUUCUUCCGGAAGAAAUUACCGGAGAGGUUCCUCCAUCAGCUGUCUGGGUUUGAUGACCCAUCACUGAGGAGGAUAUACGAGUAUUACAGAGAAGAUCUGAUCUACAUCCUGGAGAACAUGGACACCGGGGCUCUCCUGAAAGAGCUGAAAUCUCGGAAUGUCUUAAGCACAGAGAGCCUCCUGGCAAAGGAAAAACAUAUGAGCAAGGAUGCCUUCUCUCACAUCUUGUUACACGAAAUUCAGGAUCGAGGAAGGAAAGCUGUGAUUGGACUCUUGGAAUGUCUCUGUGCGCUACAGAAAUAUCAUCCUCAUCCUAAUUUAUUGGCCGUUCUGGAAGAAAUUAGUCAAACAGGUGAGGGUUUGGUAGAUCAGAUUCUGCUGGAUGAACUCGGACACUCACUGACUCCGGAGAUGAGAGAUCUUCAGGAAAAGCACAAACAAUAUCUGAUGGAGAAGACUGAGACUCUAGAGGAGCAUAGACCCCCAGGAACUACCCUGGAACCACAAACAUUCCUCAUCAGUGAGCGUUAUGUGAACCUGAUUGUAGUCUCCACUAAUCAGUUCAGGGAACGUCCCCAGAAUGAGAUAAUACAGACUGGGGUAAAACAUGAGGAAUGCUUGAAGGAAACACAGUCUAGAUUGGAACACAUUUCCCCCAACAGACUGUUCUGUUGGAACCCCCAGUCACAUUGUGUACCACAUGCAGUAAUGGUGAGCGGAGUGCCAGGAAUAGGGAAGACCACACUGAUGCAGAAGUUUGUCUAUGAUUGGGUGACCGGAAAACACUACCAGAGAUUUGCCUUUCUCUUCUUCUUCAGAUUCCGGGACCUUAAUAGACAGGGAGAGGUCAGCUUGGAGGAGAUGAUUCUUCAUCAAUAUCCAUAUCUGGAGGGUCAGAUUGGAAAUAUUUUACAAGAUCCAGAGAGACUUCUGUUUAUAUUUGAUAGUUUAGAUGAAAGUGUUCACCAAUCGGAUUUCAGAUCAAGUAAACUGUCCAAUCCAAAACAGAGAUCACAUUUUGGUGAGAUUGUGGUCAGCUUGGCGAGGCAGAGUCUUCUUAAGGGUUGCUCUGUACUGAUAACCAGCCGUCCAACCAGACUGGCAUCAGUUGAUACGACUGUUUUCCAGAGAAUAGCUGAGAUCAUGGGAUUUCUCCAUGGAGACAGACUGAUCUUCUUUAAUAAUUUCUUUGGAAAUGAGGAAUUGUCAGAGAAGGCUUUUCAUCAUGUGCAGGAGAAUGACACGCUGUACACUUUCUGUUAUAUCCCAUCAUACUGCUGGAUCAUCUGUACAGUGUUAUCAAUGUGCUUCAGAGCCCAGGCAAUCACUGAUCAGCUGAUGACAUCAUUACCCAAAACAGUGACACAACUCUUUGUGACUUUUGUCUCCAACAUUCUGGCCAAUCACAGCCAGAAUAAAGAUGGUGGUCCCACUGACCGGGAACUGCUGACCUCUAUUGGGUGGAUGGCAGAACAUGGAGUCAUGAAUCACAUGAUUGUAUUUGAUGAGCGUCAUCUGGAGUCAUUCAGUGUGAGAAAUGAUAAACAUCUCUUUUCAUCUUUCAUGAUGGAAUCUGGUCAGCCUCCUGAUGUGGAUUACACCUUCUUACAUCUCACUCUUCAGGAGUUUUUUGCUGCUUUAGUCCAUUAUAUUAAUUAUAAUUCUGACAGAUUACAGGAAACACUCGAUGAGGCUGAAUCUUACAAAGACGGCCGUGCUGAAAUAUUCCUCCGUUUCCUCUGUGGUCUCUCAGACUCUUCUACUAAAUCCAUGUUAAAGUCUCAUGUGGGAGAAUUGUCUACUCAGGCUGCCAGAGAUGUCAUCACCUGGAUCCAGAAGAAAAUUGGAGAAAAACUUAAAGCUGAACAACCCACAGAAGACAAGACAUAUCUUCUUAAUGUAUUCUACUAUCUCUAUGAGAGUCGAAAUAAGGCUCUGGUGUCACAAUGUAUUGGAUCAAACAUCGACAUUUCUGGUGUCCCCCUCACCCCUCUGGACUGCUCUGUGUUGUCUUUUAUCCUUCAAUCCUGCAGGGGAACUGAAGAAGUAAAUCUAGAGUCAUGUAAUAUUCAGGAUGAAGGAUUGAGGAAGUUUAUACCGGCUCUACACAACAUCAAGAGUUUGAGUUUGUCCUCUAAUCACCUGACAGACAGUUCCUGUCCCCACCUGGCAUCUGGAAUAAGAAAGAACCAGACACUGAGGACACUGGACCUGGCAGGGAACAAUCUAGAGGGUCCUCAUUUCAGGGAUCUGAUGGAAGCUCUGACAACAAGCCGGAUAGAGGAGUUACAUUUAUAUAAUAAUCAGAUGACAGACCGUUCCUGCCCCCACCUGGCAUCUGGAAUAAGAAAUAACUGGACAAUAAGAUCACUGAACCUGACUAUGAACAAUCUGGAGGGUCCUCAUUUCAGGGAUCUGAUGGAAACUCUGACAACAAGCCGGAUAGAGGACCUACAAUUGGAUAGAAAUCUACUGACAGACAGUUCUUGCCCCCACCUGGCAUCUGGAAUAAGAAAUAACCAGACACUGAGGACACUGGACCUGUCCUGGAACAAUCUGGAGGGUCCUAAUUUCAGAGAUCUGAUGGAAGCUCUGACAACAAGCCGGAUAGAGGAAUUACAUUUGGAUGGUAAUCACCUGACAGACAGUUCCUGCCCCCACCUGGCAUCUGGAAUAAGAAAUAACCAGACACUGAGGACACUGGACCUAUCUGGGAACAAGCUGGGGGGUCCUCAUUUCAGGGAUCUGAUGGAAGCUCUGACAACAAGCCGGAUAGAGGAAUUGCUGAUCGUGAACAUGUCCUUGUCAGAUGAAGUUAAAAGUGAAUUGAAAAAUCUGCAAUCCCUCCGACCAGGACUAAAGGUGUCUACAGGAUAAUCCCAGAGAAAGAAGCUCUGCUACAGCUGGAGAUGAAGCUGGGAUAUUGGUGUGGAUGGGGAAGAGAAUGAGUGUUACAAAUGAGAAACCUGACCCAAGAAGAAAAUGAAACCUCAUCGAUUAACUAAUGCACUGAAGAUCAGAUCCUGAAUUUCGAACACCACUGAUGUCAAUAGGAGCUGAACCUCAGAAAUUGGUAAUGGCCAUUUUCUGGCCUAAUAGAAAUGGCAGAAAAAAGAUAAAGGGGGGCUGUAAUGAUGGUGAGGGGGACUGCAAUGAGGGUACAGUAAGGCAGCAGUGAUGAUGAGGUUGCAAUGAGGGCACGGUAAGGCUACAAUGAUGGUGAGGGAGGCUGCAAUGAGGGCACAGUAAGGCGGCAGUGAGGA